UUACAAUAGCCCAGAAACUGCCGCAGGUCUAACAUUCUCCUUCAGCCACUAUCGAUUCUUGACAGAGACCCCAGUCGAGGUUGCCCGGAGCCAGCGUCCUGGCGAAUUCGUACAUCGCCAUCAUGGUCACCAGCUUUGAGCGUCACGACAUUCCAGCACAAAUAUCAAACGUGCCCGCAAGAUUCCUCGGAGAGCGCCGACCAUCUCCAGGUUUUCCUCUAUCCUCACCGCCCGCCGAGACUCUGGCUUCCUUCAAGCCGAGCAAUGGCGCGGCGGUUCUACCCUUGAACAAUCUGUUCUUGACCUCGAACACCUUUACAUCGAACCUUUCCGAUGAUGACGACGGGUCGUCAAGUGGACAAGAUGAGUUCCAUCUGGAAAGGUACAGCCAGAACACAUCCUGGAGCCAAAGCAUGAACCCAGGGCAGAAGCGCUCAUUACUGCCGACCAGUCGGGUACGCAAGAUCGCUCAACGGAAAAGUCCAGGACUCAACAUUGUCACAAAUUUUCCAAAUGAGCACAGAACACCGCGGUCGGAAGGGCUUGUGGUUGAUGAGGUGCAGUCUCAGAAACCGCAGCUGGGCCGUAGGACUGCUGCUUCUGUGGUAUCAGCAAAAGCUGAACAUGUCAACCAAUCAAUGAUGGAUCUGGCAAUUCAACAGGCUAUGGAUCCGACCGCAGGGAAGCCACAAAACUCUGAAGAGGUCGUUAACGGCGCGCAAAAGCUGCCUGCAUCACAAAGAAGGCAGGGGUGGGAAGCAGUGGCAAGGCUCACAAAGCUGCAGGCAGCUCGUAAGGCAGCUACUAUAUCAGCAAAGAACAAUCAAGCCCUCCAGCCGAUACAGAUACCUUCGUCAAGCCGAAACCAGGGCAAUCGCAAUCCGAAUACUGUCGAUGGAGCGAGUGGCCACUCGCCUGAUGCUCGAUCCAUAGUCAUUGGACUCAGUGUCCCCUCGAGCGAAGCAGAAGCCCACCGUUCAAGAGGUGCCGUCGACAGUAAUGUCUCAGCACAAACUCCACAAACUCCAGUUAUUGUAAUCACCCCAGCUGAAGAGAUAGACUCCUGGAAACCUCCAUUCCUACGCAAAGCUCGACCAGCUUCUAGCCUGUAUUCUGCGCAUCCUCGCGACGAUCAAUUGGCCAGAGUGGAGAGUCCCCCACCAGUGCCGAAGCUUCCUCCAAGUGAGCCUGGGUACGCUCCAGGCGCAAGGACUACUAGACCAAGUGCAGAACCCAACCAUUGGGACAUGGACGAUCCAACCUUUGAAGACGAGAAGUAUUCUGAGUCAUGCGACAGUCCGGAGAGAAUCUCAUCAGAAAGCCAGGAACGUAUCCUGCCUUCGGAGGAGGAUAAGGCUCGACACAAGUCGCAAGGCUGGUGGAACCUGAUGUUGUCCCCAAUGCUCUCGAGAAAGGGAACCAUCACAGAGAACGACAAAAUCAGAAUUAUUGAAACGCCGCCGUUACCUCCUAUGCCGGAUCUUGGUGCGUGGGAGAAACGUAAAUCCAUCUCCUCGGUGUCUGCAGAAUCUCCCGAGACUCCCAGACGGCUUGGUUUGGCCAGCGCGAGAGCCAGUAUAUGGUCUCGAUGGACUUCCUGGGAAAAGCAGCGAGCAGUAAAAUCACAGGAAAGGCAACUUGAUGACUCUACUUCUGACCUUGGAAAUGGAAAAGCUUUGUCGCCAGGCGCCGAAGAAGCCCAACCUAUCGACCUCGCUGACAAUAUCGGCAAUGGCCUCGCGACGGAAUAUUAUCAUGCUUGUGCUGUGGAACUUCUGAGUGGCGUCCAGUACUUUGAGUGCCAAAAUCAUUCUUGCGUGGAAAAGCUGCCUCAGUUUCAUUCGAUCUUCGAGCCUGAAACCGUAGUAGAGCGUUGCGCUGAGACAGGAAAUUUGACCCGCCCUGCCAUUGGCGCAAUCCCGAAUGCAUCAGUGGAGGGAAGAAGCAUGAGUGGUGUAACGAGCUAUCCUGAAGCCGAGCUAUCGCCUAUGGUUCGAGAAGCCGACACAGCAGCAGUGCUGAAGGCGACGACAGUCGAUACCCCCAAGACCGGUGAUGGAGGCUCACGCGAGGUCGAACUCGAGUCGACAGAUGCAGAAAAUGAGACGAUUCCGAUCCCAGGAGCAGACUUGUCGCCAGCACCCGAUACUACGCAGCAGCUUCUGCAAAAUCGAGAGACUUCUGCAGUUGUGCCAAAACGCCUUGUUCAGCCUGCACUUCUAUCACCAGGUCCGGUCUCCCCAGCAAUGCAGCAGACAUUGACAUCGCAAGGCGCCGUUCCCAUGGCGGAGAUCGAUCGCCCUCACAGUCACGUCCGUUCUGUGGAGCAAACAGAGGUAGGUGAUGAAAACCAAACAUGGUCCCAAACGGAACCCUCAUCAGUCACAAUCCACCAUCACACUACCUACGCGCAGAGAAACCCAACUGCGACGGGACCGAUAUAUUUCGAGACCAGAAGGGAAUUGAUGGACUCACAACCUGCGAUGACCUCUAAGACCAAGGGAGCGGUUCAGGUGUCUGCUUCAGAUACUGAACCACCAAAUGCCCACACUGCUGAUGCUGCUAAGAAGCCAGGCAUCAUUUCCAGGCUUAAGUCUAUGUGGGACAAGAUGAAACGGAAAAAUAAUGAGGAAGCCAAGCCCAAGAAACGCCGAUGGACGCUCAUUAUUGGCAUUUUCCUGUUCCUGAUCGUUAUUGGAUCCAUCCUGUUGGCCACUUUACUCACACGUAAAGGAGAUGGGACACCCGUGCAGAGUCAGUGGCUCAAUCUGACUGGGUAUCCCCCUAUACCAACCGGAAUUUCGACUAUUGCCAUGCCGGACGCUGUCAAAGAGCAGCCUGACUGCGUGGCUCCGACAACUAUGUGGUCUUGCGCACUGCCUAAAGAAGAUCAGGCUGAGAUAGCUCCGAACAACCCGGAUCAGCCCAAUUUUCGCUUCGAGAUUACUUUUGAGAAUGGCACAGUGCCGGCCAACAUGACGAUACCAGUCGACAAUGUGUCGCAGAAAUCAGGCAAGCUGAAAGCCCGAGCAGAUGAUCCCUUCACAGAGGACCUGUUCACGCCAAACCCUGCUCCACCUAGUCGGGCAGACCAGAUCUUCAUGGGGAAUACCACGGACAACAUCACACAGCCUUUCCAAGGGGAAGAAACACCUUUCUUCAUGACUUUCAUUCCGGUGUUUCCUGUUGAUCCCUCAGAUAUCACCAACAGCAGUGCCAGCGUAUCAAGACUCGCUGUCCGACAAGCCACGAACAGCUCAGACGAUAUCCCUGCACCUGAUGUUCUGAGCGACGGAAGUGCGGCUCCGGCGAACUUGCUCCCGACGUCGCCAUAUCCCACAUCUCAGCCUAUUCAAUUGUAUAACAGAGGGCAAGCGGAAGAACACUAUGGAUUCUACAUGUACUAUGACAAGGCCAUUUUUCUAGAAACCACGGCGCCAGUCAAUACCUCGGAGUUCGCAGACAAUGAUGGAGUGGUUCCAGAUGAUGAGAAUGGCGGCUCAACCAGAGAUCAGGCCAAGCUGCGAUGUACUUUCAGCCAGACCAGAUUUUUGGUCAGAAUGUGGACGAAUGCGGCAUUCGGGGCAAACCUGCUCAGUCCCAUCUCAGUGACCAACAAGACCAAGGCCACCAACAGCUCAGCAACUGAUUUCAAUCGCCCGGGUUCGUUUCCAUAUCCUACGACGAUCAGCCUGGAUCGUCAUGGUGGAAACAUUAACAAGAAGGCUGUCUAUUGUUACGGGGUCGACGAUUUGCAGGUGGUCCAGGAUGAUGUGAGGAGUAUUGUGCCCGAGCUUCGAGGCGUUGAUGGGCAGUUGAUCAAUCCGGCACCUGCCCUGGUAAAUGGAUCCUUCAAUACUGCCAACAGUGGCUUUGAUCCGGCAGCUGGAGGGAUUGAUGGAGGCACUGGCGGUUGCGAAUGUGUUUGGCAGAAUUGGAACUGAUGAAACAUGCUGCUGGCGUUCUGGGGUGACAAAAGUAUCACAAACAAGUAGAUGACAGGGCUUUGGCAAUAUUUGGGAACAUUUGGAGAAGUGGUCAAGUGAAUAUCUGCGACGUAUCUUGAUCUUAAUGGUUAAUUUAGCGGAAAGAUCAGCAAUACGAAACAACAGUCUCCAUUGAUAGUUCGUACAUAUCUUCGAUUGCCAUUUCUCAAAACAAGGCGAGAUAAUAAGAUCCCAGCAACACCCAUGAGGCAUACGAGUCCCUUUGCAUAUCCUUGCCACUGCCUUGUCUUGAGGAACGUUGUUGUCGUUUUGAAAUCCGGGAUGACGGCGAAAUGAAACUUGUGACGUAGGCAUCGGCAUCGUUCGAGGUUC